CGCGGCUCCUCCAGCCCCUUCCGCCGCCCCUCCUCUCGCCUUCCCCGCCGUCUCUACCCGGGCGGGCCCCUCAGGCCGCCCUCCCGCUGGGCCUUUCACCUUCUGGCUAAGCCUGGGAGCAGCGGUCGCGGCGGGGCCUGGGGCGCAGCGCACUCCCGCCAGCCCGGCCUCGCCUGGCAGGCCCUGGGGCCGGACGCCCUCCCAGGGGCGAGGCCUUCGGGCCACACUCCCGCCUGCCCGGAUUUAGGGCGAGUCCUUCCCGGGACUCUGCGGCGGCCCGGGACGGGGAGCGCGGGCUGGGGCCUCGCCUCUCCGAGGGAUGCAGGGGAUGGAGGCGGCUGUGAAGCCUGCGCGCCGCGUUCAAGCAUCCAAGUCAGGGAGCAGAACAGCCAGCACCAUGCAAGUGACUCCAGCUGUGGCCAGAAAUGGUCCAGAGCUGCCAGACAGCGGACCUCUCCCAGGACCCACGUUCUGCCUCCAGGGAGACCGGACGCCUAGCCUGGUAGCUCCCAAGCCUCCCAGGACAUGGAAGCUGCAGCUCCAAGGCCCUUCUGUGCUCGAGUCCAAGGUGAAGGCCUUGAAGGAGAAAAUGACAGCAAGGAAACAGGGAGCAAAUCCCUGCCCCACUUCCUAUGAGCGUCCAUCGCCCCCCAAAUCCAAGUGCUGCCAAGUCAAGCCCGAAGCUGUCUGGAGCCUACUUGAGGGCUCUCCUCUACCAGAUACCCUGGUGGUUCCCCAUGCUCAGAACCAGACUGAUGGGCAGCUAGACAUCAGUGUUAAUGAGAAGAAGCCUGCCAGGAAUGGUGGAUCCAGGCCAUCUACCCCUGGCCUCGGGAGCUGCAAUGGACAAAGCCUGUGGUCUCCAGAAGCAGUGUGGCUGCUGGCUGAUCAUGGGGAUGGUCCAGCACCAGGAUCUGGCUCUUUACAAGAGAGCCCCAACAACCAGGUUUCUGUGGGCCAGCCAGAGGGGCCUGGUCCCUGUAAAACCACCCACCUGAGCAGCCUGAAGAAGAGAAGACCCUACUUACUUGGAGAUGGUGUGGUGACAGAGGGAGAUCUAGACAACAGAACCCUAACAACCUCCAAGGAGGACUUAGUCCCCAGAACAGACCUGCCAGAGAUGUUCCGGAGAGCUGGUGGCCUGGGGGCGCUGGGCACUGGGACAAACGUUUUGUCCCUGUCUGAACAGGUGGAAAGGAACCGCCUCCUGCUGCAGGAGAUGCUGAAAGUUUCCAGACAGGGUUCUUCCUCGGUGGGAAGCCCAGACCGGACUCCAUCCUGGGACAGGGCUGCAUCAGAGAGACCAGCGGGAGACGUGGACUGGGACUCGGGCACCCCCCUGCAGGACUCAGGUCAGAGCAGGAUCUGUGUUCCCAAGCUGGAGCCUGUUCUGAGUGCCAGGGAUGAGGGAACCAAGCAUCUGACUCAGCAUGCUCGCAUGAAGGCCAGGACCCAACCACUCCGAGCCAGUCAUGACAUUGUGCCCACCAUUGCUCAGGGCAGCCGCAAUGGCCAAAGCAGUCCAGCCCUGGAUGUUAGGAGCACCUCUGCCUCCAGAGAGAGCCUCCAGAAUGGGAACCUGAGUGACUCCUCCAGUGUGGAGUCUGGCAAUGGGCAGUGGCCCAGGCAGGGAAUGCCGCCAUCUCACGUCCGAUUUGAAGAUGAGUCUGCCCACGAGGCUGAGUCCCGGUACCUGGAACGGCGCCAGCAGCGCCAGCGUCAGGUGUUAUGCACAGUGCUACCAGCUGUGGGCCAAGGACCUCUGCGCUCCAAGCCUGACUUAACCAACUACAUUAACCAUAACAUGGGGAACGGCGCAUUCCGCAGGCCUGUGGGCUCCCUGGACCACAGCGAUCUCCUCGCACCACCAUCAACAUGGAACAGUGAGAGGCCAUGCUCAGCCUGUGGCAGCUAUCUUGAGGAGCGUUGCCCUGCCGAGGGGAGAGCAGCGCCUGACCUGAGGGUCCUCCAGGGUCUCCAGGCAACUUGUGAGCAGGCAUUGCUGCUGGGACCCUGUAAUUCCCAUGACUUGAGCUCCCCAUUCCCAGGGCUCCACGCAGAAUGGAUCCGGGAAACACACAUCACAGACACUGUUGGCACGCGCCCUGAGGAGGGGGACUCUGCCCUCAACAGCGCCAUCAAUUCAGAUAGUCGGACUGACAUUAAGGAUGCCAGGACCUCUCAGCCCAGUGGGGCAGGUGGGCAGAUCCAAGGCAGCAGCCCCCGGCAGUGGCAGUGUGACUCUAGGCCUCAGGAAGGCCCCAGGUGGCCCAGGACUGAGGUGGAGCUGCCCUGGGACCUUCAGGCCUGGCCUCACAUACACGAGGUUGGUAAUGUGGUUGUAGGAGGGGAGAUAAAAGGAGCCACAGGACACAUACCCCAGGGGCCUUUGCUUAUAAAGGAAGACACUGAGCCCAGAUCUGCCUCAGAACCCAAGAGGUCUUGGUCCCAGGGGCAUCUUGGGCUACAGGUAGGAAAUCACGGGGCCCACCCCAAGGAUUCCUGGACUACAUGCAGGACAGCUUAUGCUGUGUCAUCUUCCGAGAAGCUUGGGUCCUCAGGGUCAGGUCAGCCAGACCAAGUGACUGAAAGCCAGGAGUCUCUGGAAACUACCUGCACUCCUCUCCAAGUAAGCCCUGAGGAGCCCUCUGCACCUCGCCCAGCCCUGAAGCCAAUUUUGCCCUUCUCCCUCGAAGGCUGUGCGCUAACCCCGCCCUCUUCAAAGAAGUCCUGCCCGAUGCCUCUGAGGAAGUCACCCUGUACUGGGCAUCACAGGCAGGAACACCAGGUUGAGCAUGUGGACAUCCCCCUGCCUCUGUCCCCUCCAAGAAUCUCAGUUCACACCUCACCCCAGACCCAACCCAACAGGCCCCUUGUCAAGCAUCCGCUGCUGGACCUGCCCGCCAGCACCAACGGCAGUGUCCCUCUGCGCCUGCAGGAGCCCCGAGGAGCAGCUGUCCCCAAGAGUAGAGUUGACAGGGAGUACUGCUGCCAGGAGCCUGGACUGCCCCUGGAGAGUGACAGAGAUGGAACACUCCAGGACUCUCCCCAGUCAGCAGAUGUCGCCACUGUCAAUUCUACGGCCGUCACCCUUUCCCUCACCUCAGAGGAGCCUGGGUGCCACCUGGAGCCACACAGGACAGAAUCCAGCUCUGGAGGCCACAUGCCCACUGGAGCAUCACCUGAGGCCAGUGCAGGGCAUGCGCCACCCUCCACCACCCAUUCUGAUGGGAGUAAGAAAAGGAGGAGUAGUAUCUCCUCCACCCUGGGGCUCAAAAAACUCUUCUCAGCCCUGGGUCACAUCCCCCGAGCCAGCCUGGGCACAUCCCGGAGCUACAGCGUGGAACAGCUGCAGCCCUCAGCACUAGCUCCCCAGACCAGUACCUCCAAAAUGAAGAGAGCCCCGUCAUUGCAAAUCCUGCAUCUGGUGUCACCCUCUCAUCAGCAUCGGAAAGCAGCUUCCUUCCAGAACCUCCAUUCUCUGCUAGGGGGCAAGGGAGAUCGGUCCAGCUUCUACCGGGUAGAGGGGUCAGGGGACCCCAGUACACCGAGCAGGCCAGCCAAAGCCUUUCCCCAUCGUGCCCUCAGCGUGGAAGAUGUGGGUGCCCCUAGUUUGGCUCGCACUGUGGGCCGGGUGGUAGAGGUGUUCCCCGAUGGCACGAGUCAGCUUCAGCUGCAACGACCCCCAGAGGGCACUUUUGGUUUCCAUGUGGCCUACGGCAAUGGUCGUCGAGACUCAGGACUCUACGUGCAGGCCAUGGCCAACCGGGAGACUGCCAAGCUGUACUCGGGGCUGCUUGGGGUGGGGGAUGAGAUCCUGGAGGUCAACGGGGCCAAGGUUGCUGGCCUGGGCUUGGCUCACAUCAAGGAGCUACUGGCUCAUGUGGAGAGCUUGUCAAUCCGUGUCUUGAGACAGAGGCCUGUUCCCCAGUGACCCAGAAGUACUGUUUCCCCCAUGGACACCCCCUUAGAAGCCCUGAACCCCCACACAGUGGGGGGGACUGGAAAUGCACUACUCAGAGAUAAUUUGUGGCUGGAAAAUGCGGUUCACAGAUCAGGGUGGCAUCUAGUUGUCUGGGCUGUGGGAGAGCUGCUCUGAUUUGCCACCUGCAGAAAGAGACGAAGAGACUGUUUGUAUGUUCCAGUUAAGGUCACUAAUUUAUGCAGAUCUGGGGAAAGAAAAUAAUGGUCUUUUUCCAUGACUGAAGUGGUAGCAACAGGAUGUGUCCCUUUGUUGGAGGGAGAGGAGAGCGAAGGACUGCCUCCUUGGGUUGAUCCCUGAAUGCUGGCCUCACCCUGGUCACACUCACUGAAAAGCCUCCUCAGCCCCCAGCACAGCAGAGACAAGUGGCCACAUCGGCCUUGUGCAGUCUCUUUCAGCUGUGGCUUGCCUGGUCCCCCUGUGACUGCACCUUUGCUCCUGAUCCAGAAGGGGCUCAGUGUCUUGUCACAGCACAGCAGCCAGGAGUGCAGGGUCCAGACCAAGUGCUGGGAAGUACGGCUGUCAAGCGUUCUGAGCCCGCUCUGGGUAUGUAGACAUCCGAGAGGUUCUGAGCCAGAAUGUUAAGAAGUUCUAGGAAACUUUUAUGAUCAACACCAAGCUGAAAAAAUGAAACUAUUGCCAUUUUUAGUAAGUGUGGCCAUGGUACUAAGGGUGCAGGGGUGGAGGCCAACCCCGCCAGCCCAGCCAGCCCUUUGCCUCUACCCCUGCCUAGACCGUGGCUGUUGCAGCCUGGCCUGGGCGGGCCUUGGUCUUUGUUCUCUUGUCCAGCUUAGAGACAGGGCUGCAGCUGGUGUCUGGCUGUCCCCCAGCUGCAGGAUUCCUGUCCAGACCUCCCUGGUGGCAGCUGUGGGUGGGCAGCAGGCAGGGAGGCUGUGUGCUGGGGGUGACCAUCCCACCUAGGCACAGCCUGCCCAGCUUAGAGCCUGCCCAGGGUUCAGGACUCCAUAGAUGCGUGGACAGGUGUCAGCCUUAAAUUAUUAAAUAAAAAGCCGAAGCUGCUUCC